AUUAACAAUUUGACAAUUGUAAAAUGAAUAAUAGAAAUAAUAUCAAAAGCGUGCGCCAAGCGCGCUCUUGUGUCGUCUAGUGAUUUAAAAAACACAUCAAUACUAUAUUUAAUUUCUCUAUUUGUCUUUUGCUUACAGUGUGUUUUACAGAUCUAAAAUAAAUUUUACGACACGAUGAUAAUUCUAAACCUACUAUUAAUUAGCGAAAUAAUAUAUAUCGUUGGGACGGCUUCUACUUUUAAUGAAUCAUCUUUAUGCUAUCAACCAUCAAAAUAUAUAAAACCAAAUCAUUACGAUAUCGAGUUUAUAUCAUAUAUUGAAGAAUACAUUUUCUAUGGAGAAUACAAUAUUAGCAUAAGCAUUCUUAACAAAACGCGAAAUAUAUUGAUCAACAAAUAUUCAGAAAAAUUAUAUUUUAAAAAUAUAGUUUUAAUUAAAAAUCUAGAAAAACAUCAUGAGAAUAUUAAGUAUACAGUUUAUAAACCGACAUAUGAUAUUCAAGAAGACAUAAUUGACGUUUCUUUUAAGGAUGAGUUAUUACCAGGAAAUUACACUUUAUAUAUUAAAUAUUUUGGUUUUACUGAUGAAGUCUUUAGAAUUUUCAAUGUGAAAAAAAAAAUUGCUUUGGUAGCUGUUACUUAUUUGCAUAUAAUAGGCACCCGACAAAUGUCAUCGUGUUGGGAUCAACAGUAUUUAUUCUUAGGAGCAACUUUUAACAUAUCUAUAGGAUGUGAUCAAUGCACGGCUUUGUCAAAUAUGCCAUUGCAAAAUACAGAAAAAAACAAGCACAAUAUAUUAUUGAAACGCUUCGAUACCACACCUGCAAUGUCGCCAUAUCUUGCAACAAUAAUUGUAUCCAAUUACCUAUUACGUGUUGAUAAUUAUAUUCAAAACAUUGAAAUGUGGUGCAGAAACAAUACUGUAUUUCACAUGGAAUUUGCAAAAAAUGUAGCUGAAAAUAUCACGUUGUUCUUUAAAAAUAAAUGGAAACAACAUUCGAGCAAUAUUUCGAAGGUGACUCAUGUUGCAAUUCCAAAUUUCCCUGAUAAUGGCAUAAUAGUUUUUGGACUUGUUUUGUAUAACGAAAUGGAUAUCGUUUACAAUAAAAAUUUGUAUUCUGUUGCUCACAAAAUCGAAGUAGCUCAAUUAGUAGGACAUAAAGUGACACAGCAAUGGUUUUAUAAUCUGAACAAUCCGUUUCGAUCGGCUUCUUGGUUCAACAAAGCUCUUACUACAUUGCUUGCAAUAAAUACUGUCAAUAAGAUGUAUCGAGAUAAUCGAAUAAUACAUUUAUUUGUUGUUCAAAAUCAACAUACUUCUUUUUAUUUGGAUGGUGAUUAUCGUAUGUGGAAUUCUACUUUAGAAGAUGACAAUUUAUUGAAAAUUCGCGAAUCCAUCAGAGCACCCUGUAUACUGCGCAUGAUGCAACACGCCGUAACCAAAGAAAUAUUUUGGAAAGGCAUUCGAUCAUAUGCAAAUAGCAACCAAUUUCAUCGUCAAAGUUUUAUGACUUUUUUGGAAGAAGUUGUUGCUGAUGCAAAAAAUGUAGAUAUUGAAAUAUCAUUACAAACAAUGAAAUAUUGGACUUUGGAAGAGCAUUGCCCUCUCAUCAAAGUAGUACGAAAUUAUAAUAUUUCUUGGAGCCAUUAUAAUAUAUCGAUACAAAAUUCCGACAUAUUAAAAAUUGAUUGCGUUCCUGUAAUUUAUACUAUCCAGUCGGUUCCCGAUUUUGACAGUUUGAUGCACCGCCUUUUCUGCAAAUCAAAAGAUAUUCUUACAUUCACUCAUAACGAGCGUGGUUGGAUUAUAGUAAAUGUACAACAAAUAGGAUAUUACCGCGUUAACUAUGAUGAUGAGAAUUGGCGAAGAAUUUCAGAUUAUCUAUACUAUGAUGAUUUUACGACAAUUCAUGUUCUUAAUCGUGCCCAAAUUAUCGAUGAUGCAUUUCAUUUAAUGAUAGCAGACCAACUCGAAGCCUCUAUAUUCUGGAGUAUCACAUCGUAUUUGGAUAGAGAAAUAGAUUAUAUCGCAUGGUAUCCUAUGUUUAAAGCUCUGGAAUACAUGUUUAGUACUUUUCCAGUGGACGAAAGAACUGAAAAAUAUGCGGAUAAAAUAAAUAAGACAAAAACCAUAUUAAACAAGUUACUUGCAAAAAUCAAAUAUGAAGAAAUUGAUGAUGCAGACGAACUUAGAAUAUGUUUACGACAAGAAGCUGCAAGAUGGGCAUGUUUCCUCGGUGACAUCACUUGUAUGAAGAAAGCGAAAAAUAAAUUAGAACAACAUCUCCAAGAUCCUAUAAAACACAGACUUUUGCCAUGGUGGACGGCAUGGACAUAUUGUAGAGGUUUGAUGAUAACUACUAUGAAUGAGACCACUCUUGAAUUAAUGUAUAUUAGAAAAGUGGAAGCAACUGACAUUAAAUUUUCAGAAUACAUGGCUUGCAUAAACUAUACUGAUUUCAUCAAAAUGUAUUUAUUUCAUAAACAGCACUCUAAUACAAGAGAGGAAGAUCAAUUUCUCGUUAACAGUUUCUUACAUUUUAUUACGAAGCAUGCGAAGAAUCCAAUUAUACUGCAGUAUAUAGUCCAGAAUUUUAACGAAAUAAAACUAAAAAAUGUUAAUAUAAUUGCAGCAUUAAGUAUUAUGAUUAAUAACGUAUAUUCCAAAAAUUUAGCUCUGAAAAUAAUGAUGAACGCUUACAGUAUUCUAGAAACUAACUUAGUUGAAGUAAAUAACACAAUUCAUUAUAGAAGACUUCAAAUAAAGGAGAUGAGAGACAGUGCGAUAAAUUACAUAUACGCCCGAAUUAUAACCCGGAUUUAUUUUCGCAACAAACAAAUCCGAAGACAGAAGCAGUAUUUUGAAAGUCUUUUGUUCUAAUCUGUGAGUGUAAAAAAGAAAUUGCAGCUUUGCAUACGUGAACAUACAUCAUAUGAAUAAUUUUUUUAUAUUGUACGUAUUAUUACUUCUACUGCUUUAAAUAUUGUUUAUUUAGAUGUAUUACUAUCCGAUGCCUUUAUAUUUACAUUUAUAAAACUAUGACUGCAUGAAUCAAGAUUUUAUUUUUUUUUUGCGAUCUUGUUUGAAGUAGUUGAACUAUAUAUAAUACUGUAAUUAAUUAA